UUAAUGUCAAUGUCAAUUUCACUGCACUGCACGCACUUCACCUUGGCUUGUCCGAGUAUUGAGGCACCCGACCUACCUCAUAGGGACUCACCGCAAGGUCAACUCUUCGCUCUUCCCCGGAACCCGAGUCAAUCAUUGCCAACCUCGUCGAAUGGAUUGGAUGGAAGCCCCCCCAACCUGAACCAGGGAUGAUGAUGUUGAUAUCGUAGGUUACCCUAAAAAAGGAACCGAGCACACAAUGACAACUUUGAAAAGAAAUUGGCCGAGAAACCGAUAGAAUCUGUCGAAUCUCGGAAGAUUGUAUAGAAUUGGGUUUGGGUUGCGUUUGGAGCGAUAGCGUCUGAGCGUGUAAAUCGUUGUCGGGCUGCGGUUUUCGGCGGUGGUUGUUUCGAUUGACGUCUGUUGAAUCGGCCUGUCGUACGUAACUCAAUGGACACAAGGCAACGUUAGUUGUCGUGUCGUCGACUCGCCUCCCCCUGGUCCACCCAGGUCCUCAACAGCUUGGAGUGACAUGAGCCAUGUACCGGUACAAGGCCAACUCUCAUCGCUUUUUUUGGAUGAACCCUUCCUCCCGUCCCCAAUGAAAUUUGUUUUCAGGGCCCAGGUACCUCAGCCACGCGCUGAUCGACCCUGUCGCUCCAGGUACCGUCCACUGACCGCCCGCCCGCCGCUCGCCCCAGGCUACGGGACUCCAGGCCAGACCACGCCAGGUCACCCCUCCCCUCCUUCCAUUCCGACCCCUCCAUCCAUUGAGACCCCACCCGCCUGUCUUCCCCUUGAGCUUCCUUCACGUCCAGUGGUUUUUUCGGCCAGCAAGAGCUAUUCACUCGUGUCUGGUUCCAACUCCCGCUUCUUUUUGCUCCUCCAUUCUCACCUCUCUCAUAGUCUUGAGCAAUCAUCACUUUUCUCUUCCUCUUCCUUUUUGCCCCAUCUCUGUCAUAAUCUCUCCCUCUCCCUCCCGAUCCUCAAUUCCAACUUCAUUGUUGCAGCCCACUUGAGCUUGUCUACAGUGAAUUGAUUCAAAAAGGAAUAAGCCGACACUCGCCAGCUCAUUCCAUCUUACCUUUUCUCCGUUCCUCAUCAAAUCUUCAUAAUUCAGAAUGUCCGCCAAGUCGAUUCUCGAGGCCGACGGCAAGGCCAUCCUCAACUACCACCUCACCCGCGCCCCCGUUAUCAAGGCCAGCCCUCUUCCUGCGCCUACCACUCACAACCCUCCCAGCAGACUCGCCUCGCUGCACUUCCCUGAAGAUGCCAACGUUGCCGAUAUCCUGAACCAGGCUGAGGUCACCUACCCUUGGCUCCUCCAGCCCGACGCCAAGUUCGUCGCCAAGCCCGAUCAGCUCAUCAAGCGACGAGGAAAGAGCGGUCUUCUGGCCUUGAACAAGUCCUGGCCUGAGGCUAAGGCUUGGGUUGCUGAGCGAGCCGGUAAGGAGCAGCAGGUUGAGCACACCACUGGUGUUUUGAGGCAAUUCCUCGUCGAGCCUUUCGUGCCCCAUCCCCAAGACACUGAGUACUACAUCAACAUCAACUCAGUCCGCGAUGGCGACUGGAUCCUCUUCACCCACGAGGGUGGUGUUGAUGUCGGUGAUGUUGACGCCAAGGCUGAGAAGCUCUUGAUUCCCGUCGACCUCGCUGAGUACCCCUCCAACGAGGAGAUUGCUGCCACUCUCCUCAAGAAGGUUCCCCAGGGUGUCCACAACGUCCUCGUUGACUUCAUCACCCGCCUAUAUGCCGUCUACGUCGACUGCCAGUUCACCUACCUCGAGAUCAACCCUCUCGUUGUUAUCCCCAACGAGGACAAGACCUCUGCCGAAGUCCACUUCCUCGAUCUUGCUGCCAAGCUCGACCAGACUGCCGAUUUCGAGUGUGGUGUCAAGUGGGCUAUUGCUCGAUCCCCCGCUGCUCUUGGCCUCACCAACAUUGCUCCUUCCGCCGAUGGCAAGAUCAGCAUCGAUGCUGGUCCUCCUAUGGAGUUCCCUGCUCCCUUCGGCCGUGAGCUGACCAAGGAGGAGGCCUACAUCGCCGACCUCGAUGCUAAGACCGGUGCUUCCCUGAAGCUUACUGUCCUUAACGCCAAGGGCCGCAUCUGGACACUGGUUGCUGGUGGUGGUGCUUCCGUUGUCUACGCCGAUGCCAUUGCCUCUGCUGGUUUCGCCGACGAGCUCGCCAACUACGGCGAGUACUCUGGUGCUCCCACCGAGUCUCAGACUUACCACUACGCCCGAACUGUGCUUGACCUUCUCCUCCGCGCUCCCAAGACCGAAGAGGGCAAGGUUCUCUUCAUUGGUGGUGGUAUCGCCAACUUCACCAACGUCGCCAGCACCUUUAAGGGUGUCAUCCGAGCGCUGCGAGACUUUGCUCCUAAGCUGAUCGAGCACAAGACCGCCAUCUGGGUGCGACGUGCCGGUCCCAACUACCAGGAGGGUCUCAAGAACAUGAAGGCUGCUACUCAGGAGCUCGGCCUUGAUGCCAAGAUCUUUGGCCCUGAGAUGCACGUCUCCGGUAUUGUGCCCUUGGCUCUGGUCCCCGGCAAGUGGGAGGAGAGCAAGGCGCAGGAGUUCCAGGCUUAAAGGGGAUAAAAACUUUACCACGGAGAUGGUAUAGUAUCAAGAGAUGACGCAGGUAUGAAAUGAGAUACCUGUACUGAACGAAAUUUUGUACUGCAAGAUAGACAAACGGGUACCAUGUGGUGCGUUGCAAUUUCUAAGGCUUGGGACUAAUGAUGGUCGAACAAGCCGUGUAUGGCAGUAUUUGAGCUAUGACGGAAAGAAAGCUAAUAGAUCUGAUGACACUUAUGG